AUGAUUGGGAGCACAUCCAAAGAUCCCACCGUCAAAGGAUCACAUAUUUGGUCCAAGGUAUUGACGAUGACCGCUGAUGCUCAGAAUUUAUUUCUGCAUCGCAUAUUCUACUUGCACGAGAUUGCAACAAGGAGGGCUGGCAAAGCAAGCAGUGUGAAGCUUACGCUCGCUGAAUGGGUUUGUGAGGCCGACAAGAUUGUGGUCCUGGCCCAUGUCUUGUCCCAGAUGAGCGACGCGACAGACAGCCAUGGAGAUCGGCUUUUUCCAGAUGCCCUCAUCUCGAAGCUUUUCCACUGCGUGGUUGAAGGGGAUUAUCACGAAGAGGCAGAAUCAUGGCUUGCUAGCCUGGAUCCGACCUUCAAUGCUCAGAACACCUCAAUCUGGCAGGAAAACAUGCCAGCACCUCCUGAGCCAGGCCCUGACCAGGUGUCCAUGGCAGACGAGAGGGUUUCUUCUCUUUCCAUGGAAGCUCGCCGUGCCCAAUAUGAAUCAGAUACGCUUGCGCUGGCACGCGACGUCGCGCAGCUGGGAAACCUGUAUCGUGAGACUUGCAAAUCUCAGCACGCAGAACGACAGGAGAAGAUUUUGCAUAUUCGACAUCAGAACGUGAUUGGCAGUGGGAUCGUGUCGGAUUGGAUGGCAGCUAACUGUUCUAUCCAGUCUGGGUUCAUCAAGGAGCAAAUCACAGCGAUUGACAGGGUUCUUGCUCGCUUUCCAUCUAGUCCUGUGGUCGUUUGGUGCGAUUGCAUGAAGUUGGGACGCAUGACAAAGACCGACGUCAAUGACACCACCGAGCUGAUCGAGUGUGUUUUGAAGAAGCGGGGUGCAAAAGCAGCCGCACUUUGCAUUGCACCCUACCUCACAUCGGAGAAGAUCCAGAACGGUCAGCGGGGUGAACAAAGGCGCCUGGAGGACAAAUACGAUGGGAAAUCUUUGUGGCCUGAGCGUAUCUCCAUCCGCUGCGCUCCCCCGAGCUCCCGGAGGAAAGUUCCAAUACAGUUCGACGGAUGGGUGAUCGUCGAUGAACACUCCAUGAAAGACAACCUGUUCAAGACAUGUCAACUGAUUUCCGACAGGGCUACCCGGAAAGAGAUCCAGUUUCAGCAGGAAAGUGCCUAUGUGGUCCCCUUUGCUGAGAAAGACGGCGUCCCUCACGCAAGCGAAGGACAAAGGAGCUAUUCAGACGUGCAAGAGUGCGCUCAACUUCUUGCUGGGGAUCAACUACCGUUGGUUCUCAUUGGCAGUCUGCUGGACAAGGCAAGCAUUCCAGAGAGCGAGAAGACAAUUCUUUGCAUCAACGUGACGCCAUACGACGGAUGGCUCGAGAAAACACUUAUGAGAUGGAACAAGUACGGUACCAACUCCAAGAAUUCCUUCAAGACCCUGUCUGUGUCCAAGUCUUUGAGUACAGCGCAGUUUGUCGAGAAAAUGAUUGCAGUAGAGCUCAUGGAGGAGUGGAAGAAGGGGUCCUCAUCAACCCUGGGGAGCGUGAGACAGUAUGAGCCCAACCCUCCCCCCCAGGCGCCGGACUCUCUAGCUGAUCCGUCCAAAUUCCCUCUUCGGCUGGUGAAGCUGGAGGUGGAUAUGAACCCUGCUUUGAAAGGAUGGAACAGGUUCAAGAUCUCCCUUCCACCUGCCAUUCGCUCGAGACACCUUUCCGAUCCAGUUUACGGUCCGGACUGGGCAAGCCUCUUGAAAGACUUCGACAGUAAGCUUCUCGGACAUAAGUUUGGUGCUGGCACUGAUCUGACAAUCGUCCAAAGCCUGGAACCAGCGGAAGAGGAACCGCUGGUUGUUGAGCCCUGGACCGAGCCAACAUCGAUUGACCAGCUCCUCAACACUUACAUAUUAGAAGCAAAAUUCUCAGGCCGAUGCCCGGGUACUCUUCUGUACUUGGUCCAGGCGAAGAAUCGGGAUGGACAGCUGGAGCAAGCCAACCCGCAACAAAAAUACAAACUGUUCAUUGCAACUUGGCAGUUGAGUUUUUAUGGAGAACAAGUUUUAAUUAAGCCUGGUCAUCCCAUUUACCAAACCACCACCAGUCAUCACCAGUCACAAUAA